AUGGCGCGCACCAAGCAGACCGCGCGCAAGUCCGUCGGGGGCAAGGCGCCCCGGAAGCAGCUGGCCGCCAAGUUCGCGCGCGCGUCGGCCCCGCGCACGGGCGGCGUGAAGCGCCCGCACCGCUACAGGCCCGGCACCGUGGCGCUGCGUGAGAUCCGCAAGUACCAAAAGUCGACGGAGCUGCUCAUCCGCAAGCUGCCGUUCCAGCGGCUGGUGCGGCAGAUCGCCCUGGAGAUCAAGGGCGACCUGCGCUUCCAGUCAACCGCGGUUCUCGCGCUCCAGGAGGCCGCCGAGGCCUACCUGGUGGGUCUCUUCGAGGACACGAAUCUGUGCGCCAUCCACGCCAAGCGCGUGACGAUCAUGCCCAAGGACAUCCAGCUGGCGCGCCGCAUCCGAGGAGAGCGCUGCUGA